GUAUUCGAAGUUGGGUGAAAAUAAGAAACAAAAUUUUAGAUCAAUCCAGUGUAGCAUUAAAAACGGAUUUUAAUAUUGUAUAAAGAAACAAUGGCUGCGUUCAGCAGAGGAAGCAGAUCAGCGUUCAAUGAUUCUUUAUUAUGAUUGGUUUCUAUACUUAGAUUCAAUAAAGACCAAUCAUAUUGAAAAAUCACUGAACGCUCACUGAUCUGCUUUCUCUACUGACGCAAUCAAUAAUGCUCAUAAGUAAAAUUGGAAAAGAAAUUACUCUCAUGUUCAUUUUUAUCUAUGUAGGUUAACUUUAAUCUUGGCUUAAUUUAUUCUCUUUAUCUUUUUCUAAUUUUUAGAACUAAAAAGCAAGCUUAAAGGCAAUUUACAUUACAUUUAUAUUUAUAUAGAAAUGGAUCAAUUGCCUGCUUCUCUCUCCACAGAUUAGUAUUUUGAUUCUUAGAGAUAAAAAGUGCCAGGAAAACAAGAGAAAAAAGAGCAAUUAUAUAAUCUAAUUUUCACAAAUUUUUAUAGUACACACAUUUCUAUCGCAAUGAAUUUUAUUGGUCACAAUCGUUUACGACUAGGGGCCCUAUUCUUGAAACAUGUCGCCUAUGAAAAGCCUAUAAUAUAUGCCACGUACAUUAUAGGAUUUUCAUUUUUUGUACAAUAUAUUUUAAAAAUAGGGCCCUAGAUUACGCAGCGUAGCACUUUUUUUUCACGGAAUGAACCUAUUGUGGUUCAGUUAUCCGAUACCGUUCUCGGGCAUUUGCUGAAUUAGUUUUGAAUUCUCAAAUCAAAACCAUGAUAUUAAAUUGUGAGGCAAAUAUUCGUUAAAGAAGUACGAAAGAGAAGACACUGGUGUAUCUUUAAAGAUAUUCGUGAGAAAAAAAAUAAAAUUCUUACAUUCAUUGCUUACGUACCUAUUAUUUUCGUUCGAGAGUGUUCGAUGAACUACAAAAACCGGGGGAAAUCAAAGACAGAGUAAAAGAUAAAGAAUUAAAAACGAUUUUUCAACUUAAAUAUUAAAGAAUGACGAAUUGGGAUCGUUCGCUGGGUGGUUUCAAAAUCAGUGAUUUAAUAUCAGAUAAUGGAGUUACAUUUGAAAUUGGGGAAGAGAUUGAGGAGGAAGAAGAAAUUGGAUUUUCUCCUCAUGUUCAUUUUAGCAAUGAAGAAAUGUUGAAUAUGUUAAACAUGAAUGAAUUUGAAGAUGAAACUGAAGAUAACGAGAAAGAAAUCAUGUCUCUUUAUGGCAUGAGUUUCUCAAAGCUAAAAGCAAAGAUGACAAGUAUAACUCCAGAUAAAAAAGUCAUGAAGUUUGUCAAGCAGAAAGGUAUUGGAGAAGUGGUUCCAUGCAAUGCACAAAUCACAAUUCAUUAUAUUGGAUAUUUUGAGUACAGAGAUGAGCCUUUUGAUUCUACUUAUUCCACUGGCAAUCCAAGAACAUUGCGCUUAGGCCAGAGUUGUAUUAUAUCUGGUUUAGAAAUUGGUAUAAGUACUAUGCAAAAGCAUGAGAUAGCAGUAUUUCUGAUACAUCCUGAUCUUGCUUAUAAGGCUUUUGGUUGUCCACCCCGUAUUCCACCUAAUGAGGAAGUAGUAUUUGUGGUUCAGUUACUAGAUUAUGUUGAUGAUGGUUGUGCAAGUAUGUACAAUGACUUUGAUUUAGAAGAGAAGCAGUCAUUUGAAAAUGUAUUAAAGCCUGUGUCACAUAUGUUUGUAUCUGCUAAAAACCAUGCUACAAAAUAUAACCACAAAUUGGCGAUACGAGAAUAUAGGAAAAUUAUAGAUUGCUUGGAGACGAUCCGAUUAAAAGAUAAUGCAGAGGAAGAAAAAAUGAAAAAAUAUCUUUCACGAGCUUACACUAAUCUUGCCAUUUGUCAUAACCAUUUAAAUGAAUCUCGUAAGGCUUGCAUAGCCUGUAGAAAAGUGCCAAUACCAACAGCUAAAAGCUAUUUUAAUUUUGGAAAAGCUUUGCUGAAUCUUGGAGAAUACGACGCAGCAAUGAAGGAAUUGCAAAAUGCUCAUGCAUUAGAACCACGAGAUGAAGUUAUCAAAAAAGCAAUUCAGACAGCCAAUGCGAAACAGCGUGAGUAUUUGGAAAUAGAGAAACGUUUGUGGAAAAACUGCUUUAAAUCCAAGGAAGAUAAAACGAAAAUUACUGAAUUUCGAAAAGCUGCUCGUGAUUUGUGUGAAACCAUUAUCAAUAGCGAUGACAUAACAAGACAAUCUCUCCCAGAAGGUUUAACAAAAGAAGAAGAGGAAAUUGUGCGUGAAGAAGCUGCUAUAUUAGGAUUAAAUAUUGUUAUAUCUAACAGAUAUGGCAAAGAAACUGUAUAUCUCCAGAAAAACAAAUCGUAAAAUUACAUUCCUGUUGUUUA